AUGCACAAAGUGGACAAGGCACUCGAAAACGAAUCCAAUGAUCAUGAUGACCCUGUAGAUGAAUACAACCUAAUCUUGGAUUGCAAUAAGCUCUUAGUUGAUAUUGAGAAUGAAAUUUUCAUUGUACACAACUUUAUCCGUGACAAGUACAGAACAAAGUUCCAAGAGCUUGAGUCGAUUGUACAUAACGCAAUCGAGUACGCCUUUGUUGUGAAACAAAUUGGCAAUGAGAUGGAUCUAAGCCUUGUUGAUCUGAAAGGUCUCCUUCCAAAAGCUACUAUUACAGCUGUUUCACUUACUUCUUUAACCACAAAAGGGAAACCCUUAACAGAAGAUGAACUGCAAAAGACGAUCGAAGCAUGUGAUCGAGUUCUUGGUCUUGAUUCCGCAAAGAAGAAGGUACAUGGCUUUGUUGAGAGCAAGAUGGGAUCUAUUGCACCAAAUCUUUCCGCUAUUGUCGGGAGUGAUGUUGCAGCUAAGCUCAUUGGGAAUGCUGGAGGUUUAUCAGAGCUUGCUAAAAUGCCUGCUUGUUAUGUUCAACUUCUUGGUCAGAAGAAGAAGAAUCUUGAUGGGUUCUCUAGUGCAACAUCACAGUCCCGUGUGGGUUAUCUUGAGCAGAGUGAGAUUUUCCAAACCACUCCUCCUGGACUUCGGUUGCGAGUUAUCAAGCUCUUGGCUGGAAAAUCGACUUUAGCGGCACGAGUUGACGACGCCAGUGGAGUUGACCCAUCAGGGACAAAUGGCAAAGCUUUGAAGGAAGAGAUCCUUAGGAAGAUUAAAAAGUGCCAAGAACCUUCUCCUGCAAGGCAACCUAAGCCAUUUCAAGUCCCAGAUUCCGAGCCUAAGAAGAGAAGAGGCGGUCGCCGACUAAGAAAGACGAAAGAAAGGUAUGCAGUGACAGAAAUGAGGAAGCAGGCCAAUAGGAUUGCAUUUGGUGUAGCAGAAGAGAGCUCUCGAGGUGAUGGAUUAGGUCAAGGAUUUGGAAUGCUUGGACAAGUAAAGAGCAAUAGGCUUCGUGUGUCUAGUCUCCCGAGCAAGCUGAAACUUAAUGCUAAGAAGCUCAAAGAAAGACAAUAUGCAAGUAGUAGUGGUGCUACAACUUCGGGUUUGAUAUCGAGUCUAGCUUUCACUCAUGUGCAGGGAAUAGAGCUGCUUAACCCUCGUGAUAUAGGUUUAGCCAGUGGGACUCAAAGCAUUUACUUCUCAGAGUUAGGAACGUUAUCUAAGCUCAAGACGUUAUAA